GAGGAAAACAAUUACAUAAACUUCUGCUUUGAGACGUUUCUCUCACUAAAGUUAAAUAGUUUUUUUGUGCCACUAUGAAGUACAUUCUGGUUACGGGUGGAGUAAUAUCUGGUAUUGGUAAGGGUAUUAUUGCCAGCAGUGUUGGAACAAUCCUUAAAUCUUGUGGCCUUUAUGUCACAGUCAUCAAAAUUGACCCGUAUAUCAACGUCGACGCUGGAACCUUCUCACCUUAUGAACAUGGUGAGGUGUUUGUUCUCGAUGAUGGUGGGGAAGUAGAUCUCGAUUUGGGAAACUAUGAGCGUUUCCUCGACAUCCGCCUUAUCAAAGACAAUAAUCUCACCACUGGGAAGAUCUACCAGUCGGUCAUCAACAAGGAGAGGAGAGGAGACUAUCUUGGCAAGACCGUACAAGUGGUACCCCACAUUACAGAUGCCAUCCAGGAAUGGGUAAUGGAGCAGGCGAGGAUAUCAGUAGAUGAUGAUGGUGUGGAGCCUCAAGUGUGUGUUAUAGAGCUGGGAGGCACAGUGGGAGACAUAGAGAGCAUGCCUUUUAUCGAAGCCUUCAGACAGUUCCAGUUCAAGGUGAAGAGGGAUAACUUCUGCAACAUCCAUGUCAGCUUAAUACCACAGCCCAGUAGUACAGGAGAGCAGAAAACCAAGCCAACCCAGAACAGUGUACGAGAGCUCAGAGGAUUGGGCUUAACUCCAGAUUUGAUUAUAUGCCGCUGUGCAACUCCUCUAGAAACAUCAGUCAAAGAGAAGAUCUCCUUGUUUUGUCACGUGGAGCCUGCUCAGGUGAUCUGUGUCCAAGAUGUCUCUUCAGUUUAUAGAGUGCCUCUGCUGCUGGAGGACCAGGGUGUUGUAAAUACCUUGUGCCAGCGACUGAAAUUACCUGUUGAGAUGAAGCCCAGGAAGAUACUCCUGAGGUGGAAAGAGUUGGCUGACAGAACGGAUCGUCUCUUGGAACAUGUCUCUAUAGCCUUGGUGGGCAAAUACACAAAGCUAUCUGACUCUUACACAUCUGUAAUUAAGGCCUUAGAACAUUCAGCUCUCUCCAUUAAUCGCAAGUUAGAAGUCAAGUAUAUAGACUCUGAAGACUUGGAGACCGCAACUGCAAAAGAUGAACCAGUUAAAUAUCAUGAAGCAUGGCAAAAACUCUGCAGUUCUCAAGGUGUGUUGGUACCAGGAGGGUUUGGGGUACGAGGGACAGAAGGCAAGAUGCUGGCUAUUAGCUGGGCGAGGAAGCAGGAUAAGCCAUUCCUGGGGGUGUGUUUGGGCAUGCAGCUGGCGGUGUGUGAGUUUGCUCGAAAUGUUCUUGGAUGGGUAGACGCCAACUCCACAGAAUUUGAUCCAGAAACCAAACACCCCGUGGUGAUUGACAUGCCAGAGCACAACCCCGGACACAUGGGAGGAAGCAUGAGGUUGGGAAAGAGGCGGACCAUUUUUAACUCCAACACCAGCGUGCUGAGGAAACUUUAUGGAGAUGUUGAUUAUGUUGAAGAGAGGCACAGACACAGGUUUGAGGUGAAUCCUGAACUGAAACACCACUUUGAGAAAAAAGGACUUCAUUUUGUUGGCGAGGAUGAAGAAGGAGAGAGAAUGGAGGUGAUUGAAAUAAAAGAUCAUUGUUACUUUUUUGGAGUGCAGUACCAUCCAGAGUUCACCUCUAGACCCAUUAAACCUUCUCCUCCAUAUCUGGGUCUACUGUUGGCUGCUGCAGAAAAACUUCAGUGUUACCUUAACAAAGGCUGUACCCUCUCUCCAAGGGACAGAUACAGUGACUGCAGUUGUAGCAGCUCUCCUGAUGUGGUCAUGAAUGAGCUGAACAUCCCCUUUUUAUAGCGUUGCCUCUUUUGUUACUCGUGGAAAAGUCCCAGAAAAGAAAGAAC